AUGCGACCGCCGCGAUUGAUCUUGCUUCUUGCCUGCUUUGUCUUCAUCCCAAUCCUCCUCACAGCCAUAUCCCUGCUCUCCGCAAGCUCCCGACAUGGUACCGCAGCUACCUCGUCUGAUUCCCAUCGCCAAACGAGCCGCUUUCGAGCCCUGUUUUCAUUUCACGCACCGUCCGCGCUCUUCCCUCCUUCUGCGAUUAUCAGCUUGACAGAAGACAAUUCUACCUUCUUCCUAGCGCGCCCCGCGGCCUUUGGACCCCUACUACCAUUAAAGGGGCUCAGUGGCCCGUUAUGGAUUGGGAGUGGGUUCAGUGACGAUGCGUUACGGAAGGGCGGCGUAGGGAUUGCCGCCGAGGGUGAACUGGGAUGCUCGGAUGUUCCUGGAUGGGACGAUGGCAACAAAAAUAAAAACGUGCCGCUUGGGGCCGGACCCCAGGAUGGAAAUCAAAAGCUCGCUCCUGCUGAUGGAGAUUCUGAUCAUAGCGUUGCUUUGAAUUCUCGACAGAAAAGAGGCCUUGGUGGUCCGAAUAGUCAGGGCGAUGGAACGGACGAUCACCUCCACCGCCCGCUGCCGCAAGCAAAUGCCCCAAACUCGAACGGAAAUGGUGUCACGGGUCGCGCAAAUGGAAAACCCAGGGAUUCUCCUCAUGCUGACAUCCAGUCAUUGCAGGAAAGCGCGGAAAUCUCUGGCAAAGUCGUUCUUCUAAGCAGAGGUGGAUGUGGAUUCCUUGAAAAGGUCAAAUGGGUGCAGCGCAGAGGAGGCGUUGCCUUGAUUGUUGGGGAUGACACCCGAGGAGGUGGAUUGGUUACGAUGUAUGCGCGUGGCGACACGUCAAACGUGACGAUUCCUGCGGUUUUUACUUCUUAUACGACCGCCCAUCUUCUCUCCUCUCUUGUCCCACAGGGCAGUACUCUUGACAACUCAAAACUGGCGUCUGGGAAAUGGCAAACAACUCAAAGAAAACUAAAUCUCAAGAAUGCAAAGUCUGACAAGCACACAAACGUUGAUAAACCCGCUGGCAACACUCCAAAUACUCCGCAACCCGGAAGCCAUGACGAUUUUGUCAUUGGUGUUCAAGACUGGCGUGACCCUGAUUUGGUGCCGGUUAAGGCUAGCACCAGCGUCCAGGGCACGGCAACCCCAAAGGCCAACGCUAAAACCAGGAGUGAGACAGGAUCCAAAGCAUACACUUUCAAACAAGCCUCAGAUCCCCGUGGCCUGGAAGGAGGCAGUACGACUCCGAGAAGCGGGGAGUACAGAUCCGCAAAGGAUAGCCUGGAUGGACCCGGAAAGAACAUAAAGACUGGAGGCCUCAAGAGUCCCUGGUGGAAACCGUCUUUUCGGCUACAUGGAUCAAAGGAGGGUGAUAAUUCACCAGCACCAAAGGUUAUCGAAAUUCCCCCUGAAGCCAAACAAUUCCAUGGCGCCGCUGGAUCUGUAGGGAAGGGACACGCCGGAAAUGGGGACGAAAACGAUCAUGAAGGAUUGUGGGUGACACUAACCCCAACGAGCAUGUCCACAAGCCCAUUCUUCGAUACUUUACUGGUCCUGGUGGUUAGUCCGUUGAUCACGUUGACCGUGGUUUAUGCGCUUCUUUUGCUCCGAUCUCGAAUCAGACGUCGUCGAUGGCGCGCUCCCAAGGCCAUUGUCGAUCGUCUCCCUGUCAGAACCUAUCAUACAAUGCCCACCAUUAGCACCCCCAAUACACCUUCUCCUGACGGUUCAUCGCCGUCGUCCCCGUUACUUUCCCAUUCUCGACCUCAUUCUCCACGCCCUCGGCCUCGUUCGCAAACUUGUGGGCCCGUCUCUGCUUCUUCGAAUUCCUUGGAUCCUGGGCGGGACAGGGCAGAGAAACCCCGUUCCGGAUCAACAUUGUGGCGCCGCAAAUACACAGGACGACAGGUUGAGUGCGUCGUGUGCCUGGAAGAAACCCCCUGGCUCACAACGCGCCGACGCACUUGCCCGAUCUGCAAGGGCGACGUCGUCCGCUCCCUUGGGCCCAAUACGUCAGGGACUCGUGUGGAACAGACAGAGCCCAUGUCGGACGAUGGCCAAGCGCGUAUCGCCGAAACUCGUAAUGACUCCCCAACCUCAGCAGUUCCUAUCCCCGAUGAAGAUCUGGACUCGGAUCUAGAGCGCGGGGUUAGUCCAUCUGCAUCUCUGCUCGAUGGCUCCCGUAGACAUGCGGCGGCGCCCUCGAGUUGGAGAAACCUUGCAAAUCUAAGUUUGUCUGCAUUGAGUGGAGAUUCAAUGUGGCAUCAGCCUAGACAUACAGGAUCUCAUAGAAACCGUUGA